GAAGAGACAAAAACCACUUAUGAAAAGUCUCCACAAAAUUGUUUCUCUGGAACCCUCUGCUUUACCCUCAUUAACAAAUGCGCUCUCAGAACUAGGAAUACCACACUUCCUGACGGCAUCUAUUUUUUCUGCACAAAGUGGCAAAAACAUGGUAUUCUACAGGAAUGCAAAGAUCGUACUUUCAUUGUGUUUGUUAUCCGGAAUAUGCAGUGGAUUGCGGAGUUGCUGCUUUGGCCUUGCAAAUAUGAUAUUGGUCAAAAGAAUGAGAGAAACGUUAUAUUCCACUCUACUUUUCCAGGAUAUGACCCUUUUUGAUGAAGAAACAGUUGGGGAUUUAACGAAUAGGCUUAGUUCAGACUGUCAGCAAGUAUCUCGUGUCAUCGGAAAUGAUCUUAACGUGAUUUGUAGAAAUGUGGUUCAGGGAAUUGGUGCACUGAUUGCUCUUUUUAUGAUAUCUUGGCCUCUUGCAAUAUCAACGGUUGUGAUCUGUGCUUGCUUGGCAAUUAUGUUGUUCUUUUAUGGACGGUUCCAGAAAUGGGUAGCAAAAUUAAUUCAAGACUUUGGUGCUCGUGCAAAUGAAGUUUCCCAAGAAACAUUCUCUCUUAUCAGGACAGUCAGAAUUUAUGGGACUGAAAAACAAGAAAUUGAAAGAUACAGGACAUGGCUUGAGAGAUUGUGGGAUAUUAGCUUGCGACAAAGUGUGGGAUAUGGAUUUUGGAGUUUAACCUACAAUUGCUUCUACCAUUCUACUAAGAUAGUUGCUGUCUUGAUCGGUGGGGUUUCAAUUUUACGUGGCGAUUUAACAGCCGAACUGCUUACAAAGUUCUUAGCGUAUGCCGAAUGGCUAAUUUUUUCUGCUUGGUCGAUUGGGGACAAUUGGUCUUCAUUGAUGCAAUCAAUUGGAGCAAGUGAGAAGGUGUUUCAGCUGAUGGAUCUUUUGCCUAGAAAGAAGCUCAUAUCAGGAGGACGUCAGCUGCAAGAGCUAACUGGGCAUAUUGAAUUUGUUAAUGUAUCAUUUCAUUAUCCCUCAAGGUGGAAGUUCCCAGCCGUUGAACGGAUACACUUGUCUAUACAGCCCAAUAAAGUUCUUGCAAUUGUUGGUCGUAGUGGAAGUGGGAAAAGCACAAUUGCCAAUCUUCUUCUUCGCCUUUAUGAACCAACAAAUGGUGCGAUAUUAGUUGAUGGCAUUCCUAUUGAAGAUUUAGAUAUCAGGUGGCUGAGAGGAAGAAUCGGCUUUGUCAGUCAGGAACCUCCUCUCUUCCGAAUGGAUGUGACCUCAAACAUUAGGUAUGGCUGCACAAGAGAAACCACACAAGAGGAAGUUGAAUGGGCUGCAAAACAAGCUUUCGCGCAUGAGUUUAUACUGUCCCUACCAAACGGAUAUUCUACCCUCGUUGACAAUGCUCUUCUUAGCGGCGGCCAGAAGCAACGCAUCGCGAUCGCAAGGGCUAUUCUUCGAGAUCCAACCAUCUUGAUCCUUGACGAAGCCACAAGCGCCCUUGAUGCAGAAAGCGAGCAUUAUGUGAAGGAGCUCCUACUUUCGGAUCGAAAUGCCUCUGGAGAAAGGAGAACUGUUGUUAUCAUCGCGCAUAGGUUGUCAACUAUACAAGCUGCCGAUACUAUUGUAGUAAUGGAUAGUGGUAGAGUUGUUGAGGUGGGGAGUCAUAAGGAGCUUAUGCUGAAAGAUGGAUUAUACGCAACUUUAGUUCGAAGACAGACAGACGCCAUUGAUUGAUUGUUUGAUGUCAACAACAUUCAGCUCAUUCUAUAUUACUUUCCAAGGAGAGUUUAAUUUAUCGCUUUUAGACCAUAAAAAUUGUCCUAUUUAUUUAAAUUAUCCGUAUAUUUUUCAUUUAAAUACUUUAUAUUAGGGGGUGGUAGAAUUUUUGUUGUCCCCUCUGCCCAUCAUUAUGGAAGAAAUAAAAUAGCAAUUA